CUGUUCUGCGCAGAAAUCACCAUUCACAAGUUUGAAAACACGCGUGGAGUGGAGGAGACGUGGGCUGAGUGCACUUCUUACAUCAGCACUGACACGGAUACAAAAGCAGAGCAGCGAGAGGAAGGCAGGCCAAAAAGUGUGCAGAGGUGAUCCUCACUGUGCGCACUGGACACGGGCGGAAUGGACGCACCGAAGGACGUCAGGACACCACGGACACCACGGACACCACGGACACCACGGACACCGGGCUGCAGCAUCAAGCUCUUUGUGCUGUGCCAUGGCCUCCUGCAGCUCUCUCAGCUCCUCUACAGCUCCUACUUCAAGAGCACCAUUACCACCAUCGAGCGACGCUUUGGCCUGAGCAGCUACUCCUCUGGGACCAUCUCCUCCCUGCAUGAGGUGAGUAACACAGUCCUGAUCGUGUUCGUGAGUUACUUUGGGCACAGAGUCCACAGACCGCGCUACAUUGGAGUGGGAGGUCUGCUGAUGUCAGUGAGCGCCCUCAUCCUCACUCUACCGCACUUUAUGUCCCAGCCCUACGACUACGACUCCGUGCUGCACAACCGCCAUGACAUCUGUAACCUGCACAGCAACUCCACGCGCCCUGAGUCAUGUGGUCGCGACGAAACGAGGCGAUUGGCCGACAGUAGCACCCUGUGGCUGCUCAUGGGCAUCGCUCAGCUGAUGUUCGGGGUCGGGUCAGUGCCCAUUCAGCCAUUUGGGAUCUCCUAUAUCGACGACUUUGCUCGUCCUGGGAACUCCCCUCUCUAUAUAGCCAUCCUUUUUGCCAUCUCUGUGUUUGGCCCCGCCUUCGGUUUCCUGCUGGGCUCUGUUAUGCUUCGUAUCUACGUGGACUUCAACAGAUCCUUAGAGGCCGAGCUGGAGCUGAGUCCGUCUGAUCCACGCUGGGUCGGGGCCUGGUGGAUGGGCCUCCUCAUCACCUCAGGCUGCCUCUUCCUCACCUCUCUGCCAUACUUCUUCUUCCCUCGCAGAAUGCCUCCGGUGCAAAAUGUGGUUGAACCUGAAAAUGAUGUAAGCAGCGAUCUGAAGAAACCAGAAGUGUCUUUAUUGGAAUUUCUCAAAAUGUUCCCUCGGAUGUUCAUGCACCUUCUCCUCAGCCCUCUCUUCCUCCUCCUGGUUCUGGCCCAGUGCUGUUUUUCCUCUGUGAUCGCGGGACUCGCCACUUUCCUCAACAAGUUCCUGGAGCGUCAGUACGGCGCCGCACCGGCUUAUAGCAGCCUGCUAGUAGGUGCUGUAAAUCUGCCUUCUGUUGCCGUGGGGAUGUUGAUUGGAGGAGUGAUCAUGAAAAAGGCCAAUCUCUCUCUAAAAAACAUCCCCCGUUUCUCUGUGUUCAUGCUGGUCUUGUCCACGCUCGUCUGCGUCCCACUCUUCUUCAUGGGCUGUCCCACGCAAAAAGUAUCGGAGGUCAACACACGUCAGGACGGGUCUAUGCCCAAGUGUUACUCCAACUGCUCUUGUCCCACGAGUGCUUUCCAUCCAGUCUGUGGAUCUGACGGUGUAGAAUAUAUCUCCCCUUGUCAUGCUGGCUGCACCAACUUCACCAAAGACCCCAACAACACACACAAAGUCCAGAUGUAUACAAACUGCAGGUGUAUCUCAGGUUCCCAGGGCCAUGCUCAUCCCACCCCCUGUCCAAACAGCUGCCCCCACCUUCUCCUCCCCGUCAUCCUUGUCAUCUCUGUGGCUGCUCUCAUCGCCUGCUUCACCCACAACCCUAUGUACAUGAUGGUGCUCAGAACGGUUCCCUCUGAAGAAAAAUCAUUCGCCAUAGGAAUACAGUUUCUGCUUAUGAGAGUGUUAGCUUGGCUUCCUGCCCCAGCCCUGUUUGGGACGGCCAUUGACACGUCCUGCAUCUGGUGGAGGCGAAUGUGUGGAAGGACAUUCAGCUGUGGAUACUACGACAACGAUAUUUUAAGAAACAGGUACUUGGGCCUGCAGGUGGGGUAUAAGAUCAUGGGCAUCGUGCUUCUCAUGUUGCUAGGCUGGAAGGUGAAGAGGACUCAGGAAUACAACCUGGAGAAGAGACCAGAAGGACCCCUGUAGUCUUGAUUAAAACCAGCUCAUCCUUGUGAAAUUCUGUUCUAGUCCUGGUCCCGUCCUGGUCUGCACUGCACAUGGUUCACUCUCAGUGUCUGUGGUUUUUAAGAAUCACUUUGGAUGUUUUGCAUCUUCAAUCAAGCUGCUGUUAAAGGGAAUAAACCACAGUCAUGUGGGUUAAACUGACCUAAUCUCCAAUAAUACAUUGGAUAUGACGUCAUGUGGAAUUUUCUACAGAACUAUUUCCAUUUGCAUCCUGCAGUGGGAACCGAUUUGUAACUAGUUUGUAUAGCUUAAUAUUUAAGUUUUAUUUUAGUGUUUUGUCUCUUACAGUGAGACACAUUUCCUCUCUAAUAACAGCACGUGUAGCCUAUAUAAUGUUUUAUAUUUUUACUGUUGUAUCUGUUUUUAAUCAAAUAAUAAAUCUCCCGUCCUGUACUGAUGUUGUGAUUGUAUGUUGUUCCCUGUAAAUAAAUUAAGAUGUAUUCAUAU